AUGCUCGAAUGGUCAUGACCUUAGGGCUUUUAUUCUACACUCUCUUUACCUUUAGGUACCAAAAUAUCUUCAAAAAGUAAGAAAGAUUUUCCAUUUUCACAAAAAUUAAAGAAUAAGUUGGAGGUUUGAUCAUGGGGACUUGUAGUUGCUUUUUUGGGUCUACUAAUGAGGGUUGAAGAACAUUUAUCAUAUAUUUAAAUUUUUCUGGUUUGGAUAGCAGAUUAUGGCUUUGGAGUUUUCAAAGUUGUAAUAUAAGGAAGCAGAGAUUCGGGUAUGAAAGUUGUAGUAUGGAGAUGGAGGAGAUUCGAACUGAUGAGUGCAAGUUUCCAAGAAUGAGCAACAAGGAAGAUGAGCAGUACCAACAAUAUGAUGUAGAUGAUGUAGGAGAAGUCAAAAAGAGUAGCGGACUUGGUGGGAUUGUAAAGUUUUAUGGUCGGCCUUCAUCAAGAAUAGUUAGAGUUUCUCGUGCAUCUGGAGGGAAAGAUAGGCAUAGCAAAGUAUUGACUUCAAAGGGGUUAAGAGAUAGACGUGUUCGCCUUUCUGUCAAUACUGCUAUACAGUUCUAUGAUUUGCAAGACCGUCUCGGCUGUGAUCAGCCCAGCAAGGCUGUCGAAUGGCUGCUAAAAGCGGCCGCUCCUUCUAUUGCUGAGCUUCCACCUCUUGAGGCAUUUCCAGACACACUGCAGCUGAGUGAUGAGAAAAAGUCAAGUGAGCAGGGUUUUGAUUCAGCUGAUGUGGAAAUGGAUGAUGAUCUUCAUUAUAAUCAGCAGCAACAACCUUGUUGUAGCAAUUCAGAGACUAGCAAGGGUUCUGGAUUGUCACUUUCCAGAUCUGAUAGUCGGCUCAAGGCAAGGGAGCGAGCAAAGGAAAGGGCCACAGAGAAAGAAAAGGAAAAAGAAAACAAGUCUUGUAUUGUUGGUCAACACCACCAAAACAUGCACCCUGGCUCGUCUUUCACUGAGCUAUUGACGGGUGGUAUGAGCGAUAACAACACGAGUCCUAAUGGUGGGUCCAUCCACCAAAAUACAGCAAGGCAAUGGUCUACAAAUCCGUUGGAGUAUUUUACAUCAGGAUUACUAGGCCCAUCAGCUACUCGUGGAAUAGACAACCAAAUAUAUUUGGGAAAUCCUCUACAGCCAUUAAGACCAAUGUUUAGUAUUACGGGUGAGCAUAGAGCGGAGCUGCAGAAUUUCCCAUUUGGUGGUGACAACCUAGUUCCGGGUGUUACCUCUAGUAAUACUAGUACUAAUUAUAACGAGUACAAUUUGAACUUCAGCAUUUCUUCUUCAUCAUCAUCUGGUUUCAAUAGGGGGACCCUUCAGUCCAAUUCUUCCUCCACUUUGCCUCAUUACCAGAGGUUUUCUCCGACAGAUGGAUCAUAUCUUGGUUCAACAACUGAAUAUGAUGCUCGUUUACAUCUCUUCUAUGCAAUUGAAGAUGGAAGCAGCCUCUGCAGUCCCAAAGGAAGCAAUGCUUUUCAGUGCAACAAGCUCAUAUAUUACUAUUAUUGUGCUUCUUAAUUCCUUAUUCUAUGUUUUCAUUCUGAGUACUAUCUGAUUUCUAUGGGAGAAAUCCCUUUGUUUGCUUCUUCUGGCCCAACUUCAGUUGGCGCACAGGUACGAAACUCAGCAAGGUUGAGUGUGUUUUUGUGACAUCUCAUUUGUAUUUAAGAUUUGCCCUCAUUUGAAUUU